AUUAACCUUGGCAGUUCAAUGUUAAACAACUGGUCUGUUCUUUAAUUUCGGACAUAAAUACAGAAGUUACAAAGAAAAAGUAGUAGUAGUGGGUGAAUGUUCUGUUGGUGAUGAAGUUUUGUGUUAAGAUGGCCGGUGCUUCAGUCCUUUUUGUUAUUAGCUUGAUGACUUUGCAAGGAUCGAUCACGUCAGCUUUAGAGUUACACUCUCCGUGUCCUGAUCUUUUCCAUUACGAUUCUGCAGAUCACCCCAACCAAUGGACUGGAACUGUAACCUUACUGUCAGAUUCCGAACUUCAUGGCGUUUGGCUUCGACUUAUUUUUGAUAAAAAGUUAGAAGAACUUAAUGCUGGCGGUGAUUUUGGAGAAAUAAUUGCGUCCGAAAACAAAAAAGAAUACUUAAUAAAAAAUCGCAAUUUUGUGUUAAAAGCCGGAAAACCAAGGCUAAUCGAAAUAAUUGUCAAGUAUGAAGGAGAUAAAAUUCCCCUUUUAACUGAAUAUCGAUUGAAUGCCAAAAUGGUCUGCUCUUCACAAGAAAGCAGCUUCGGGCAGCUCUUCUCGGGAGACUUAAACAAUAAAGAUUUCUUGGCUUCUAUCACGUCUCAGUCGGAACCUUCCGCUUAUAAAGAAUUCGAGGGUUGUGGAACGGCUCCCUUGUUGGCAAAUCGUGAACCUGCAAAUGAAAAGGCGCAAGAUGGACAAUGGCCCUGGCAAGGAGCUAUUUACAUUCAGAAUAAUAAAGGAGAAAAAUAUAUCUGCGGAGCUACACUCAUAUCGUCCAAACACGUUUUAACUCCUGCCCAUUGUGUGACUUAUCAGAAAUCUGAAUUGGCUGUGCCUGUUCGUCAGUUGACGGUUUAUCUCGGAAAAUAUAGCCAUAAUCGAGAUGACGAGGGCAAGGAUAUUCAGAAAUUAGGAGUGGAGAGAAUCUUUUUGCAUCCUGGAUAUCGCGCAGAGCAGCUGUUAAACGAUUUAUCCAUUAUUCAGUUGAAUAAACCUGUUAUUAUUGGCGAUUAUGUUAGACCAAUUUGUUUGAGGCAGUUUGCGAACAAAAUGGAAGGACUUUUGGUGGGUUAUGGGAUUAACAGAGAUAGAAUGGGGGAUUUGACUCAAACGAAAGUAAAUGUACUCGAAGCAGAAAAAUGUUUGGAGAAAAAUCUUAAUCUGAAGAGCAUAUUGACUGACAAUGUCAUUUGCGCCAAUUAUGCAGAGGAUGGUACUCAGUGUGUAGGAGACUCAGGAAGUAGUUUAGCAUCACUUCGUGGCGGAAACAAACCAGUUUGGGAGUUAAAUGGUUUGGUUACAGUUGGAAUUGCUCUUCAAGAUAAACAUGAAUGCAAUCAUGCAAGCAGAAUUCUUCUUCUGAAUGUUGAUAACUACUUAAAAUGGAUUCAAAUGAUUUUGUCUUAAGAUAAAUUAGUUUGUAAUAAUUAUUUCUUUUAACAGUACUGAUGAUAACUUUUACUUUUGAUAGUGUCCUAAAGACAGUUUAUAGUUUUAUAAUCGUAUGCAUUAAACUUUGUAAAAAAAUU